UUACGUCUGACCGUAAAAAAUAGAAACUUCCAAGAUGGCCGAAGCCGUGGACUCCAUGCAUUUCGCAGCAAACAGCAAAACAAAUUCCCCUAAACCCCUGAUAGCUAAACGACCGCCGGAGAGCCGCCCGCAGUCUUCCAGUGACAUUUACCCGCCGGCCCCUAAGAAGGUGCGGGUGGAGGAGAAGGGCCUGAAGCACAGGAAAGUGAACGGGGAGGUGUGCGCAGGGGAAAAACACAACGGGAAGCAGAGUUGUGGGAGCCCAGCGAAAUGGAGUUUCGGCCCGGCCAAGGCGAGCCACUCCACCGCCGCCGCGGUCCCGAACACUCCCGCGCGGAAAAUCUUCAAAAUCAGCAACUUCCUCGCCUCGCCCCACAAGGCCAAGAAGGCGAAAGAGAAACGGCCCAGGGAGAAGGAGAAGAGCAACGAAGCGCCGCGGAGCGCCGCCGCCGACGUGGGGAGAGUGAGCCCCGCUGGCGGCCAUACAAAGACCGAGAACGGAGACGUGAAGGCGCUCCGGAGAGAUCACCACGCGAAGGAGAAGGACGGGGAGAAGAAGAAGAAGGAGAAGAGCAGCGAGUGGAAAAAUCACAUGUUGACACCUGUAACGUUGCAUGACUUUGCGAGAGAAAACGGAGAAGUGAAAGAGACUAAUGAGAAGCCCAACGCUGGGUCUGAAGAUGACCUCCGGCUGAAGAAACUCAAGAAGAAGAAGAAAAAGAAGCACAAAGAUGGCGAGCGAGUGAAGGAGAGGCACAGCCGACCCAAAAUGUACCAUCGCUCAUGCCAGACAGUGUGUUCGGGGGUGUCUCUGGGUCCGCCCGAGUUCCUCGGCCGGAUUAAUGGGAACAACAGCGUUAACAGCAGCGGUCUGCUCCGCGCCUCCUCAGCACCACAACAACACCGUGAACCUCCGGCUGUUUCUGCCUCCAUCACCUCCAUGGUCAGGGAGAGACUCGGAUACAGCUCCCCGCUCCACUGCACCCCGUCCCCGGGCCUGUCGGGCCUGGAGUUCGGCCGCCUGAUCCACGUCGAGCAGCAGGCCAACGGCGGGGCGUCCGUGGCGCACGCCUACACCGAGCAGCUCUCCGCUCUGUCUCCGGCGGAGAUGCAGCGCUUCGCCCAGGAGUUCGUGGCCCUGUCGUUCAGCGAGGACGAGGCCCAGGCGGCGCGUUUUGUCAUGGGAAUCGUCCACGGAGCGGCGUCCUACCUGCCGGACUUCCUGGACUACUUCUCCUACAAGUUCCCCAAUGCGCCGGUGAAGAUGGAGGUUCUCGGGAAGAAGGACAUAGAGACGACAACCAUGGUCAACUUCCACUCUCAGGUGAAGCGGACGUAUUCCCAGGGGACGUACCGUGCCGGCGCCAUGAGGCAGGUGAGCCUGGUGGGUGCGGUGGAUGAGGAGGUUGGAGACUACUUCCCCGAGUUCAUCACCAUGUUGGAGGAAUCGCCCUUUCUGGAGCGGACUCUGCCCUGGGGAACGUUCUCCAGUCUGCGGCUGCAGAGCCCCACCGAGAGCGACGACGGCCCCAUAAUGUGGGUCCGGCCGGGAGAGCAGAUGAUCCCCAUGGCCGACAUGCCAAAAUCACCCUUCAAAAGGAAAAGGUCCACCAAUGAGAUAAAGAACCUGCAGUAUCUACCCAGAGCCAGUGAGCCCAGGGAGAUGCUGUUUGAGGACCGGACGAGAGCCCAUGCUGACCACAUUGGUCAGGGGUUCGAGAGGCAAACUACCGCUGCCGUGGGUGUGCUGAAGGCUGUCCGCUGCGGAGAGGACAGUGACGCUCCCGGGCGGAUCACCAAAGACGUGGUGUGUUUCCACGCUGGAGAUUUCCCAGAAGUGGUCAUGAGGCUGCAGCUGGACCUCCACGAACCGCCGCUGUCUCAGUGCGUGCAGUGGAUCGAUGACGCCAAGCUGAACCAGCUGAGGAGGGAGGGGAUCCGAUACGCCCGAAUCCAACUCUACCACGACGAUAUCUACUUCAUUCCCAGAGGAGUCGUCCACCAGUUCAAAACGGUCGCCGCUGUUUGCAGUCUGGCCUGGCACAUCAGACUCAAACAGUAUCACCAACAUGAAGAGAAGGAGGAGGAAGACAAGUGUGCACUCAGAGAAGAAACCUUUCAUAUCAAAGAGGAGGAGGAGGAGGAGGAGGAGGAAGAGGAAGAUGAAGACAGCGAUGAGGAGGUUGAGAGGAGGUACUGUGAGCCUGUUGUGCAGCCGCUGAUGAAGCUGCAGCACGUGGACAAUGAGCGGGAGGAAGAGGCGCCCUCACAAACUCCAACGUGGGUUUUCAAGGAGGAAGAGCAGGAGAACAGAGCCGAGGUGAAAGGGUUGUUAACGACGCAGUUUCUCUCAUUUGUCAAGAAGGAGAGAGAGGAAGGUGCACUCACUCACACUCUAGCGCAGCCUAAAACUGAGGCCAACGAGGAAGGUAAUGGAGGGAGAGAUGGAGGUGCAAACCCACGCGAGACACUGCUGAAGGGCCACGGCGAGGGAGCAGUGGACAAUUCAUCCUUGAGGUCACUGCAGCAAAUGAGGAAGGAGAAUGAAGUAGAGGAGGUGAGGCAGCAAAAGACAACUGUACCAGGUCAAGGUGUAAAGGAGAAAACUAAAGAUAGUUCAAUGAGCACUUACAGCUCUCCUCAACUCUCAGAGGACUCCACAUAA